UCCUUUCUCCUCAUUGUCAUGAGAUUCCCUUAAAUAUGAUUUUAAUACUAUAUUCAAUAUAACUUAUUCAAUACUAACUAACUACUAUCAUCUAUUCAUAAUGAAACGAGGUUUCGAUGGACUUUUGGUGGAAAAUAUAUCUCCAACUCCUAGUAUAGUUGAUUUUAAUCAAUUUAUUCAAGAUUUUUCAUCUUCCCCACCUUCUCCAAAUUCUUUAAGACUCAAGAGGAAACCUAUUAAAAGGUAUACUACAAAGACUCCUCCAUCUACCCUCAUACUAUCUCAUCAAUCUGAAGCAUUAUCUGAUCCUAUCAAACAUAUAUUCCAUCAAAUAUCAUCUACUCAUACGCGUAAUUUAAAUCAAAUGGAUAUUGAUUAUUCCAGUAAUAAUAAUACCAACUUACGAUUCGUAUUCUUCUUAGGAGUUCAAGGUAAAGAAUACAUCGAUAUCAUUCAACACAAAUUCAUAUCGAUGAUCAAUACGACUUCAUCCACCAACUCUCAAAUCUUAUUCAUAUCUUCAAAUUUACCUCAAUUAACCUUCCCUAUAUCAACCAAUAAUCAAUGUUUACAACUUGUAAACUCAUUCAAAAUAAAAGAUCCCUUAGGUGGGGGGUUAUACCCCUUGGAUUAUCUUUAUGUGAUUGAUCAAAAUGAUCUUAUAAGAUGUAAGAUCCCCAUCAUUAUAAAUUCAAAUUCAAAUCGUUUAAUGAAUAAAUCCUCAUUGAGAAAUCGAAAUUUAGGUGGAUUAUCAAAUCAUUUGAAUUUUGGGGUUGAAUUGGAACAAUUACCAGGAUUUAUUGAAGAAUACAUGGCAUAUUUCCAUUAAUAAAUCAUUUCUAUAUUAUUAUAUAUUAUAUUACAUACUAUUAUA